AUGCCACUCAAUGGUGUAUCCCUUCCUCUGCCUCUUGCUGACCACGUUGAGCCAAGUAAACUUAAGAUCACUACUCUUCCUAAUGGUCUCAAAAUCGCCUCUGAGAUGUCUCCCCAUCCGGCAGCUUCCAUUGGUUUGUAUGUUGAUUGUGGUUCUAUCUACGAAGCUCCUUAUUUCCAUGGAGCAACCCAUUUGCUUGGGAGGAGGGCUUUCAAGAGCACCAGUAACAGGAGCCAUCUACGUCUUGUGAGGGAGAUUGAGGCUAUUGGAGGCAACACCUCGGCUUCUGCAUCUCGGGAGCAAAUGAGUUACACUAUUGAAGCUCUGAAGACCUAUGUCCCCGAAAUGGUUGAAGUUCUUAUUGACAGUGUGAGGAACCCUGCUUUCUUGGAUUGGGAAGUCAAUGAAGAGCUAAGUAAGAUGAAGCUAGAGAUUGCGGAACUUGCAAAGAACUCUAUGGGGCUCCUCAUGGAGGCUGUUCAUCCUGCUGGUUAUUCAGGUGCUUUGGCGAGUCCUCUGUACGUGCCUGAGUCUGCGUUGGACAGAUUGAGUGGGGAGCUCUUGGAGGAGUUUAUGGCUGAGAAUUUCACUGCUGCACGUAUGGUACUGGCGGCAAGUAGAGUUGAACACGAGGAACUUUUAAAAGUUGUUGAGCCACUAACUUCUGACCUUGUUAAUGUACAGCGCAAGGGUGAGCCAAAAUCUCAGUAUAGAGGUGGAGAUUUCCGCCAACAUACUGGUGGGGAGGCUACACACUUUGCGCUUGCCUUUGAGAUGCUUAUGGGAGGAGGUGGCUCAUUCUCUGCGGGAGGUCCUGGAAAAGGAAUGCACUCAUGGCUCUAUCUCCGUAUUCUAAACGAAUAUCAGCAAGUUCAGUCCUGCACAGCAUUCAGUAGCAUCUUUAACAACACCGGAUUGUUUGGAAUCUAUGGUUGCUCGAGUCCCGAGUUUACUGAAAAAGCAAUUGAAUUAGCAGCUAAAGAAUUGAAAGAUGUUGCCGGAGGAAAAGUUAACCAGAAGCAUCUUGAUCGCGCCAAGGCAGCCACAAAAUCUGCAGUUCUGAUGAAUUUGGAAGCUAAUUUGUGUCUUGUGCAGAUGAUUGCAGCAGAAGAUAUUGGCAGGCAGAUACUUACAUACAGAGAGAGGAAACCAGUUGAGCAAUUCUUGAAGACAGUAGAUGGAUUUACCUUGAAAGACAUUACAGAUUUCACCAGCAAGAUUAUCUCAAAGCCCUUGACAAUGGGUUCCUUCGGAGAUGUGUUGUCUGUUCCUAGCUACGACACCGUAAGCAACAACUUUUCUUAAAGAGGCAAACAAUUUUGCAGCGAUAUUUUGGGACUUGUGUGAAAUAAAGAAGGGUCUUUGGGAGAAAAAGAAGACUAGACCAAUUUUAGUUUCUUUUUACGAAAUGGAUUUUGUUGCUAUAUACAGUUGAAAAGGCUGACUUUUUCAUGUAUGUCUCUCCAAAUUUGAAGAAGUAUUUGUAUUCCAAUAAGUAUUAUUUGCUAACUUCAUGCAGACAAUUUGUACUUACUUGGAUCUACCAAAUGAUAAGAAUGCCUCUGAGAUUCAAUCAUAAACAUCUCUGUCUCGUUUGUAUGUUACCUCACCCCUCACCACCCA